AUGAACGGCGAUACCUACUCAUCGCGAGAUUCUGGCCGAUCAAGGGAUUUCUAUGUAAGAAAAUUUAUCCACAAGGUAGCAGCGAUCCUAAACUUUGCUGUACAGGGCUCGAGAGGUGAGCGAGAUGAUCGCCGCCAUGAUCGUGACCGAGGCGCAGGACGAGACCGAGACCGAGUUGAUCGAAGGCGAUCACGGUCGCCCCAUCAUCGAUCUUCUCGCCGUGACUACGAAGUAGAUACCUAUUCCUCCAGUCGCGACUAUCGAGCAAGAGAAAGAGAAGACAGAUAUUCUGGGCAUCAGCGAGACGAGCGAGGGUGGGAUAGGGACAGGGGAGACCGAGGGCCAAAGCGAGACAGUCGGCGAGAGGAGGACGAUAGACCACCUCGGAGAGAGCGCGACCUUUUUGACGAUAGAAGACAUGGUGGGAGAGGAGGGAGAGACCGUGAUGCGAUCCAAGGAGGUGGUCGUGAACGGAAAAAGAGCGCUACUCCACCGCCACCAAAGAAAAAGGAACCUACUCCAGACUUGACAGAUGUGGUCAGCGUUCUAGAUCGUCAGAGACGGCUGACUCAAUGGGAUCUGAAACCCCCAGGCUAUGAAAACGUGACCGCGGAGCAAGCAAAGCUUUCAGGAAUGUUCCCACUUCCUGGCGCUCCCAGACAACAACCCAUGGACCCGAGUCGGCUUAAAGCAUUUAUGGAUCAACCUGCAGGAACUGCCAGCAAUGCCGCCCUCAAACCAUCGAAUGCCCGUCAAUCCAAACGUCUGUUCGUCUACAAUCUCCCUCCUUCGGUGACGGAAGAAACCAUCAUUGAGUUCUUCAAUCUACAGCUGAACGGUCUCAACGUCACCCAAGGCGUUGAUCCAUGCAUAUCGGCUCAGAUUGCCAAGAACCGUGAAUUCGCCCUGUUGGAGUUCAAGUCGCCAACGGAUGCGACGGUGGUACUUGCUUUGGAUGGCAUACAUAUGGAAGCUCCGGACACCAUGCAAAAUGGAAGCAGUAAUGGCACAUCGAACGGCCUUGUGAUACGUCGACCGAAGGACUACAUCGUCCCCUCACCAGAAGAGACUGAGAUCCAGGAGGGAAUCAUUUCCACCGAAGUCCCAGAUACAGCCAACAAAGUCUGUAUCUCAAGCAUUCCUCUCUACCUGAGCGAAGAGCAAGUCACGGAAUUACUCACCUCUUUCGGGCCGUUGAAGGCAUUUGUCUUAGUGAAAGACCGCGGUACGGAGGAGUCGCGCGGCUUCGCCUUCUGCGAAUACGUUGACCCUGCCAAUACCGCUAUCGCCGUCGAAGGUCUCAAUGGCAUGGAGCUGGGGGAUAAGAUUCUCAAAGUCAGCCUGGCCAGCAUUGGAUACACACAAGCGUCUGGACUGGAAAUGGGCGUCAACGCGAUGUCCAUGUUUGCCGGAACGACAUCAACAGAUCUCGAGGAGGGUAGAGUGCUGCAAUUACUCAAUAUGGUGACGGCGGAGGAAUUGAUUGACAACGAUGAUUAUGAAGAAAUUUGCGAAGACGUCAAAGAAGAAUGCCAAAAAUACGGUGAGGUUCUUGAGAUCAAGAUCCCCCGUCCUUCAGGUGGGAGCAGACAGUCUGCCGGCGUGGGCAAGAUCUACGUCAAGUUCGAUACCCCAGAAUCGGCUGGUAAAGCCCUGAGGUCGUUAGCUGGGAGGAAGUUUGCGGAUCGGACGGUGGUUACUACUUAUUUUUCAGAGGAAAGCUUCGAAGUGAAUGCUUGGUAG